ACCAUCUAUCUCCGUCUGUUCUUGCGAAAUCCGCAGAUCUCAGAUAGCCCAGAACGGGUUUGUCAGCCGGGCGCAUGCCGCACCAGGCGUUGCAUCUGACCAGAUGUUGGCUUAUCCAUAUCAGCACAACGAAGCCCACCAGACCGUCCCAAUAAUCCUUCACUCCCAUCGUGGAACCUCCAGCCAUCCGCAGCCCCGCGGGUAUCGCGUUUCAUCCACUCCAAGCUUCCGUUCAGGCGACAUCUGGCAGCUAUUACUCAUCCCAGAUUGACAUUUUUUCCGAUUACAUGCCCCACCAAAAGAUGCAGAAAAUAUAAGAAGGCCAGUGCCCGUCGCAUAUGUGUGCCCAUACAUUAUGGAUGCAGACGAUUCGAUAGCUAAAAAGCGGUCGGCAGACGUCUCGUCCCAGCCGUCGCUGGACUUGAUGGCCGUCCCCAUCCUGCCAUCCUCUACCUAUGAUCCAGCCGCGGAAAACGCCCCCAUCGCCAAAGUGAGGUCUGGCACCUCUGGCGAGGUGUCUCGUAUCAUCAGCGGCAUCUGGGACGAUCUCGACCAGGAUGCCCACCAGCGCCAGCAGGAUCAGCGCGACCAGCCGCUCCCGGACGAAAUCCUCUUGAACCAGCUUGAAAUGGUGUCCCGCAAGAGCACUGCCAAAGACAAGGACGUCGAGGCCAUGGUAUCGCUAGACGAGCUUCCAUCCGAAGACUCCGGGCCGCCAGUAGACACUGGAUUCGCAUGGGUGAUAGCGCUCUGUGGUAUGUUGGCAGCGUUUUCCACCUGGGGCUCCAACGCCUCGUACGGGGUAUUUCUUGGGUACUACCUUGAGCAUGACACAUUUCACGCCACGCCCUACGACUUUGCUUUGAUUGGAGGCAUUGUGGUUUGUCUUGCGCAGACUUUGGCGCCUAUCAGUGCCUUUCUUUACAGCAUCUUUGGCUUCAAAACUGUGGUGGGCGCAGGCAUCGUCAUCCAGACUGCGGGUUACAUCUUGGCUUCGUUUGCAACCAAACUCUGGCACUUGUACUUGACCCAGGGAGUAUUGGUGGGUAUUUCGUUCGUGCUAAUCUUCAUUCCCGCCAGCUUGGUGGUUCCCACUUGGUUUCUGAAGAGCAAGGCCACUGCCAUCGGAAUCACGGUUUCCGGAGCAGGCUUGGGGGGCGUGGUGAUUGCCUUGAGCGUGCACAAGGUGGUCGACGACACUGGCAACCAGAAGUGGGCGUUGCGCAUGGUGGGCUUCAUGUGUUUGUUCACAUCCAUGGUGGUGUGGCUCGUGAUGAAGCCUCGAAACUCCAAGCCAGUGCCGCUCUCAGUCAGUCUUAAAAAGGACUUUCUCGUGGAGUCCGCAAAACUCAUCUUUGACAUCAAGAUCUUCCGCAACUACGCCCUUUUUACCUUGACCAUGUGGUUCGGCAUAAUCUUGAUCGGAUAUGUGCUUCUCUUGUUUUCGAUGGCUUCAUAUGCCACCUCGGUGGGCUUGUCCAGUAAGCAGGGCUCGAUCUUGACCUCGGUGUUGAAUGGCGCUCAAGUGAUAGGAAGACCGUCCAUGGGCCUCGCUGCUGAUCGUCUUGGGAGAGCCAACUUGGUUGUGUUUGUCUGCUUCAUGAUUACCCUCCUCACAUUUGCAUAUUGGAUCAAUGCGACCACAUUUGGUGCCUUGGUGGGCUUCAGUAUCCUCAUUGGUUUGAUUGUGGGGAUCGGAAGUUCAAUGGCCCAACCAUUGGCCAUCGACAUUCUCGAGGACGAACCCCAGAAGGCCCCUGCAGCCUGGUCCGGUAUGAACAUCUUUUGUGGCUUGUGCUGCUUGGUCAGUGAAGUGAUCGCCUUGGCCCUCAGACAAGAACUGGCUCCCAGACCGUUCUUACACACCCAGAUCUUUUGUGGGUGCAUUUUUGCAUUCUGCCUAAUGUUGGGAUUAAUGAUAAGAGAGUGGAUGGUCAGAAGGACUUUUAAGAAGAGACUCAAUCUCGCCUACGCGGCCAUUCACCAGGUCAAAAAAGUCAAUCUGGGGUAUUUGAAAGCACCAGAAACCCAAGGCGAACAAGAGGAUAUCGAAAUCUUGAACAGCAGAGUCGAGAGAUAUGAACGCUUGUUACAAAACAAUUUCCUGGCCGUUUUCGUCCGGACAUUUUACCCCAUAAAAGUAUAGUUUUAUAGAGUUAAUAAUCAUAUCACGACAAUCAUGAAAAAUCAAAGACAGAGCUUUAUGAGCAUGGUCCACCA